AGAGAGAGAGACUCAGACUGGUUACCCUACCUAUCCGCCUUGAGGAGAGGAGAGGCUGCUGAAGCACGCGCGCGCACUCUCGCGGAGCAACAAGACAGUAAACAGCCACUACUACACACGGAGCGGCGGAGUUCACGAGACGCUGGAGGAGUAGUCCCCGGUACCGAAAAAACGCUCGAGACAGCGCCAUCACCUCGCCCCAGGCUCAUCACAGCCAUGUAUCUGAACAGGGAGGAGGACAGUAGCAAAGGCUCAGUGACCCUCAGUGUGUUCCUGGUCUCUCUAGCGGUUACGGUGUGCGCUGUUUGGCUGGUGGCUCUUUGUGGCGUCUGUGGCUGGUGUCAGCGCAAGAUGGGGAAGAGGAAUAAACCUGGAGUGGAGACCGCCGACACUCCAGACUCGGCCCGUGGGCGCGGGGAGAAGAAAGCCAUCAACCACAGCGACCUAGACAGAGACUUUUGGAAUAACAAUGACAGCAGCACAGAGCAGCAGAGGUGGAGCUCCUAUCCGCCCAAGGAGUUCGUACUAAACAUUUCUCCCUAUGCCCCAUACGGAGACCCUCGCCUCACGCUCAAUGAGGGGAAGAUGGUGGUGCUCUCGCUGGCCAUCGGGUUGGCUGAGCAGGACGACUUUGCCAAUAUCCCUGACCUGCAGGAAACCGCGCAGGCAGCUCCAACCAAUCAGGAGCCCACUCCUCCGGACAAGAGAGGCAACAAGCCAGUGAACAGCCCCAAGGGCCACCCCCCUGAUGCUGACGGGCGUUCCUCUGUCACAGACCUGGCCAACUCUCUUACCGGAGACAUGGUGAUGCUGUCCCCGGGGUCCGAGGAGGACGACGGCGAGGGGCCCGUCAGCGAGAAGCUGGGCCGCAUCCAGUUCAGCAUUGGCUACAGCUUCCAGGACUCCACCCUGACCGUCAAGAUCCUGAAGGGCCAGGACCUCCCCGCCAAGGACUUCUCGGGCACGUCGGACCCCUUCGUCAAGCUCUACCUCCUGCCCGACAAGAAGCACAAGCUGGAGACCAAGGUCAAGAGGAAGAACCUCAACCCCCACUGGAACGAGACAUUCCUGUUCGAGGGGUUCCCGUACGAGAAGGUCCGGGAACGCACCCUGUACCUACAAGUGCUGGACUACGACCGCUUCAGCAGGAACGACCCCAUUGGGGAGGUGUCCAUCCCCCUCAACAAGGUGGAGCUGGGCCAGAUCAAGACCUUCUGGAAGGAGCUGAAGCCCUGCAUGGAUGGAGCGGGAAGGCGAGGUGACCUGCUGGUGUCUCUGUGCUAUAAUCCCACUGCUAACACCAUCACUGUGAACAUCAUCAAAGCACGCAAUCUAAAAGCCAUGGAUAUCGGAGGCACCUCAGACCCCUACGUGAAGCUGUGGCUCAUGCACAAGGACAAGCGCGUGGAGAAGAAGAAGACGGUGACCAUGAAGUGCUGCCUCAACCCCAUCUUCAACGAGUCCUUCCCCUUCGACGUGCCCGCCCACGUGCUGCGGGAGACCACCAUCAUCAUCACCGUCAUGGACAAGGACCGGCUCAGUCGGAAUGACGUGAUUGGCAAGAUCUACCUGUCUUGGAAGAGCGGACCCGCCGAGGUCAAGCACUGGAAGGAUAUGAUGGGCCGACCGCGCACCAACGUCGCCCAAUGGCACGCCCUCAAGGCCUGAUCGGCCCCGCCCAGAUUCCAGUACCCCCUCCCCCUGAGACCUCAGUCCUUCCCCUCUC